AUGUCUCCCAAGCAAAAGUUCCUCUUCGUCCUCUCUUCUCAGAGAACCCUCCCAAGUCGCGGCACACCCACCGGAUGGUAUCUUCCAGAACUUGUUCAUCCCUACAAUAAGCUCGCACCCGUCUUCGACAUCGUCGUCUCGUCCCCUGCCGGCGGCGAAGCACCCCUAGACCCCUAUUCGAUCGAGGCGACCAAAGAGGAUCCUGAAUGUGUGGCCUUUCUAAAAGACAAGUCCAGUGUCUGGAAAAAUACUGCAAGGCUCGAUUCACUGCUAGGUAAAGCAUCCGAGUUCGCAGGAAUCUUCUACGUGGGUGGUCACGGCCCAAUGUUUGAUCUUGCGGGAGAUGAAACAUCCCAUACUCUUGCACGGGAGUUCUAUGAGGCUGGUAAAGUGGUAUCUGCUGUGUGUCAUGGCCCUGCCGCUCUGGUCAAUGUCAGGCUAUCCAAUGGGGGGUACCUGGUCGCUGGCCAGCAGAUAACUGGUAUCUCCGACAUGGAGGAGGAGAUUCUGAAGUUUACACAGGAUAUGCCAUUCUUGCUGGAGACGGAAUUACGCAAGCAUGGAGCGAUCUACGAGAAGGCAGACGGUCCCUUUGGCAUCAAGAUUAUCACCAGUGGUGAAAAGGGCAAGUUAGUUACGGGUCAGAACCCUCCGAGCGCCGCAGUGAUCGGCGAAAGCAUCAUCAGAGCUGCCGGCCUGUAA